AUGGCAGCUAUCGGCCGGCCGUCCAAGAAGCUCUCGCUCAAGCUGGCGGUGGAGGAGCAGCCGGCAGACCUGUUCUGUGUCCGGUUCUCCGAGGACAACCAGCUGGUGGCCGCAGGAUGUGGCGAUGGUGUGACCCGAGUGUACACCCUCACUGGUCGGCUCGCCUUUAAUCUCAACGCGGACAAGGCUCACGGCACGUUCCCAGUCACCUGCCUCCGCUUCCGGCCCAACCUAGGCGGCUCGUCGCGGGCCCGCAACAUGGUCAUUGCCGCAUCGUCCGACGGGUCGGUCCGCCAUUGGCACCUCUCCACCCAAAAGUGUCUUCACACCAUCGUCGAGGAGGGCAACGAGGUGUACGCCCUCGACUACGCCCCGGACGCAUCGGCGUUUGCCACCGCAGGCAGAGACCACACCAUCCGCCUCUACGACGAGGCCACAAAGGAGAUCAAGUCCAAGAUGGAGGGCGCCGGCGACGGCCACUCGAACAGGGUCUUCUCGCUCAAGUUCAAGGCCGACGAUCCUGACAUCGUGCUCUCCGGCGGCUGGGACAACACCGUCCAGAUCUGGGAUGCCCGCGUCGGCUCGGUCGUCCGAUCCAUCUACGGCCCGCACGUCUGCGGCGAUGCCAUCGACCUUGCUGGCGACAAGAUCUUGACUGGCUCGUGGCGCGAGGAGGAUCAGCUCCAGCUGUGGGACUACGGCUCGGGCGAGCUGCUCGACACCCUACCCUGGUCCGCAGACGACGAGGCGCCUCCGUGCUUCAUCUACGCCGCCCAGUUCUCGGCAGACGGUCGCUUUGUUGCCGCAGGCGGCUCGGGCGCCAACGAAGCCAAGGUCUUUGUCACAGAUACCCACCAGGUCAUCGGCCACGUUGACUCGAUGGAGAAGGGUGUCUUCAGCAUCGCAUUUUCCCCUAACGACCAGUAUGUUGGCAUCGGCUCGGGCGACAACGCACUCCGUGUCAUGGAGCUCAAGGACACCGUCUCGCGCCCGCCUGUCGCCAGCACGUACUAAACCCCUUGAUCCUCG